GAGUGGCGCUGGAGGAGGCGGUCAGGACGCGUGGACCUGAAGCGCCCACGUUGGGGCGAAGGGUGCUUUGCUGCCGGACCCAUCACCACCUCGCCCUUCCAGAGACAGUUUCCCCUGGUUCCCGCCUCGAGGCCUCGGUUUCCCCCAGCAGCGGGGCGGGGCGGGAGCAGCGCUGGUUUCGAAGUCGCCUGCAGGGUGCGCCCAUGAGCGGCGCGGCCGGAGCUGGAGCCCGAGCGGUCGCUGAGACGGUGGGAGCCAGAGCAAGAGGCAGGUAUCUCAGAACCCUGAAGCUGAGUGGAGCCAGGCCCGGACCCCCUGUAGAAGUCAUGGUUUCGGGAGAUGCAGAAUUAUCCGUGAGAAAGCCUUUGGGAAGCUCUCCCUGGGAACGCUCGCGGCUCUUGUGAGGAAAGGGCUGCGGGGUUUGAGUGGGUACACGGCUGGGCUGCAGCUAUGGACCGAGAGCUGGCCCAGGCCCGCAUCCUUGCUGAGCCUGCCCAAGUGUGGCUUCUCCCGCCAUGGGCUCCUCGGUGUACAUCAUGGUGGAGCUGGCCAUUGCUGUGCUGGCCAUCCUGGGUAACGUGCUUGUGUGCUGGGCCGUGUGGAUCAACAGCAACCUGCAGAACGUCACCAACUUCUUCGUGGUAUCUCUGGCGGCGGCUGACAUCGCGGUGGGCGUGCUCGCCAUCCCAUUCGCCAUCACCAUCAGCACUGGCUUCUGCGCUGCCUGCCAUGGCUGCCUCUUCUUCGCCUGCUUUGUCCUGGUCCUCACGCAGAGUUCCAUCUUCAGCCUCUUGGCUAUUGCCAUCGACAGAUACAUCGCCAUCCGAAUUCCACUCCGGUACAAUGGCUUGGUGACGGGUAUGAGGGCGAAGGGCAUCAUUGCGAUUUGCUGGGUGCUGUCAUUCGCCAUCGGCCUGACCCCCAUGCUGGGCUGGAACAACUGCAGUCAGAAAGAUGAGAACUCCACAAAGACCUGCGGCGAGGGCCGGGUGACCUGUCUGUUUGAGGACGUGGUACCCAUGAAUUACAUGGUUUACUACAACUUCUUCGCUUUUGUGUUGCUCCCCCUCCUGCUCAUGCUGGCCAUCUACCUAAGGAUUUUUUUGGCAGCCCGGAGACAGCUGAAGCAGAUGGAGAGCCAACCCCUACCAGGGGAGCGGACUCGCUCCACACUGCAGAAGGAAGUCCACGCCGCCAAGUCCCUGGCCAUCAUCGUGGGGCUCUUUGCCCUCUGCUGGUUGCCCCUGCACAUCAUCAACUGCUUCACCUUCUUCUGCUCCACGUGCCAGCACGCCCCUCCUUGGCUCAUGUACCUGGCCAUCAUCCUCUCCCACAGCAAUUCCGUUGUCAACCCCUUCAUCUACGCCUACAGGAUCCGGGAGUUCCGCCAGACCUUCCGGAAGAUCAUCCGAACCCACGUCCUGAGGCGGCAGGAACCCUUCAGGGCAGGGGGUUCCAGUGCCUGGGCCUUGGCGGCUCACAGCACUGAGGGCGAGCAGGUCAGCCUCCGCCUCAAUGGCCACCCCCUGGGAGUAUGGGCCAAUGGGAGUGCUCCCCACUCUGGACGGCGGCCCAAUGGCUACACCCUGGGGCCGGGAGGUGGAGGGAGCACCCAAGGGUCUCCUGGGGAUGUAGAGCUUCUUACCCAGGAGCACCAGGAAGGGCAAGAGCACCCUGGCCUAGGGGAUCAUCUGGCCCAGGGUAGGGUAGGAACAGCCUCAUGGUCUUCAGAGUUUGCCCCUUCCUGAGGGAAAGACAUUUUAAUAUUUUUGGGUUGGCUGGACCAAUCUCAUUAAGAGAAGAGAAGAAACGCCCACGCCAGGAAACCCACUGGGUGCCCGGCUCCCACUCUGCGGGAGCAUCAAGCUGGAGCAGCAUGAAGCCCAGUAAGAAAGGCCUGGGGCGGAGGAGGCGAUGCUUCGGUCUAUAGGGCCCCGAGUUAGGUCAGGGCUACAGCAGCAUCUUCGAAGGCAGGGCCCAGUUCCCCUGCUCCAGAAGCGUCCACAAGAGCUGCCUUGCCUUGUAGAGCAGCUGUGGCUUAGAGGCCUGGCCUGAUGCUGGGGUAUGGCUGCCUCAGGCCUCCUGCUAAUACACUACUCUCCCCAGACCGCCGAGGCCUCAGGGAGCUGCUGACCUAGAAGUGGCACUUGGCUAUUUUUUUUUUCCAAGAAGAUAACAAUGUGAGGAAACCCUUUCUAUUUUAUUGACUUCCCCUCCCUGGCUGCUGGGUCUGUGGUCGAUCCUGCUGUGACUCUCCCCUCCACACCCCACCCACCAAGGAAUUGCAGACGGUCCUCUCGGGUUAGCCCAAGCUGCCAUGCACUCAGUCACAGGGCUAUCUCCCGCUAAUAAAGCUGGGCUGGAAGACAGAAACUAUGAAAGGCAGGGUGCCAGAGUGUGGGCUCACGUCUCAGGAUUGAGUUUAGAGACAUCAAGUCAUGGACCCGAGCUGGAUAGUUCAGAGCUGCCCUGUGGGGAGGCCCUGCCUACUGCCUUUCCUUCGGGGGUGGGGUGGGGUGGGGGUGGGGCUUGUUUGUUUGUUUGUGUUUUAUUUUCCCCCUGAGAUAAAAUAAAAUGAGCCACACUGUGUUUUAAAUUUGCCUG